UCUGGCGCAAGGAACAAUAACCGUUAAGCCGGACCAUAAAACACGGUUCCAAAACCGAUUUGCCCAACGAAUAAUUCGCAAAAUAAGCCAAGGAAGCCGGCCGCCCAGCUGCACUUUUUGCCAGAAAUAAACCUUUUUUCGCUACCUGUUGCCAAAUCCGCGUGCAAAUGGCCGGCGGAUUUCGUCCGUACGAUCAGGACUCGUGCCCUAACCUUACAAAUAGCGAGGCUCCGGGACUCAGCAUGUCAGUCGUUCGCAGAACGGAGCCGCACUUCUUUCAUCCGCAGACUGCGAUCCUGCCCAGUGUCCAGUACUCCCACCCGUAUCACCACUAUCUGAGUCAGUUUGCGCCAAACUUCGUGCCCUACUACUACCGCCUGCUCUCGCGGCCCAUAAUGAAGCAGGAGGAGAUGGACAUCGAGAACUACAUCAACUACGAGGUGGCCACCCAGCAGACGCUGAUGCGCCAGCGGACCCUGAAGCCCCUGGGUCAGCUGCAGAUCCAAAUGCCACCACCCAUAAAGGUCAACCAGCCAGUUAAGCCAGUUCCCGUGAAGGCAGUGCCUGUCCGCCGAAGCUCUCCGCCCAAACGACGCGUCAUCAAUGCCCAGUUGGUGGCCAUAGCGACCGCGUCCGGGGGCAUUAAGAACAUUGAACCCACUGUGGAGCCACUGCCACGCCCGGAGGAAUCCUUUAAGCAGCAGGUGGCCAAAAUCCAGAAGAGUCAGCACCACUACGAACAACUCUUUGGGCGUCUCACUUCCAUGCUGAAGACGCUUAAUCAGCGGUACGACAACGAUGCCGAGGAUGUGCCCGCACCGCCCUCCAAGAGACCGCGCCACAUGUCCACCAGCUCGUCGGAAUCGCAUAUCCCAGAUACCGCCUCCGAAAAGGACGAGAAAGACACUCUGGUGCAGUACCCGCACCGUGUGCAAAAAGAGGAUGGCAGCGCGGUGUACGUACUGGGUCCCAAUGGCACCCAGAUCACCGCACAUCAGUACGGCGAGGUCUUCUGGACCAACGCCCCGGUGGCCACGAGGUGUCUCCUCUGUGUUGUCUUCAGCAGCGAUGAGUUGGCCACCCACACGCUGACCGGGAAGCCGUCGCCUGCUUUCUACGGCCGUGAAAGACCCCCAAAGCUCCAGUUGGACCAGCGUAAGGUAGAUGACAUUGUGGUCUGUGUGAGAAACCGGACGGGCGGCAAGGAGCGGGUGAUCCGGGCCACCAUCACCACCAAGUGCGCGGAUACCGCCAAGAAGUACAAGAGGCGGGCAAAGAAGGCUCAAAAGGUCGCCAUCAAGGAGGAGUAUUAGUAUGGAGAGGAUAACUAUUGGCUAGAUAUAAUCCAGCUAUGAUUAGGCUUAAGAACUUCUCAACGACGCGCCACAAAGGCGCAGAAAGCUUUUGUAUGUACAUAUUAGUAAUAGGUCCUGCUAUAAGUAGCUGCAUCACUCUGUUAUAUGAUCUAGCUGUGAUUGAAUAAAGACAAACAAAAAACCAA